UUCAGUCGGGGAUGGGCUCGUUGACACCGGUGACAAUGGGUGAGAGAACCCAGAAGGCGGCGUCCGUCAACACGCUCUGUCUCCGCCUCUGCACCGGGUGUGUGAGCGUCUCGUCUGCCGUGUCGCGCCCGCGCUGCUUGCCACUUCUCCGCCCGACCGCAGCUGUAAACCGUGUGGGGAGAGGCGUAAAUAAACCGGGGCUACGAGGGCUACGAAACGAUUUAAGCCAACUUGUGCUGCGUUCCACUCGCUCCUUUUUGUUUCCUCAGCGUCACAUCACCCCCACUGUUUGAACUAAUUUUUUUUUAAAAAAAAAAUUGAAAUAAAGAUACAAAAAAAAAAAAAAACCCCUGUAACCGGAUACUGACAAAAUCUGCGUCACAACAAAGGAAGGGCCGAGGAGACCAAUCAAAACCACAUUUAGAGAAGCGGGAAACUCCCGUUUGAAUAAAAGCAGCCAACAGAAGGGUUUCUUGUUGUUGGCUUCGCCAAUCAGAACGCUCCCACAGCUAGUCGAUUAGGCCACGCCUUAAUGUUUUUGAUUGGUUGUGAGAACUUCCUGUCGUAAAGUACGGCAGACACCAAAUGCUGCUUCCUCAGCUUUAGUUCCGUGUCUGGUGGGACUACUGAUUAUCGGUCUCGCCACACGGCCGUUUAGGAAGGAACGUAGUUACGCGUUUGGUUACUAGAAAGGGCGAGCUUGAGAUGUCUGCAGGCGGCCUGGUCAAUGCAGAAGACAGAGUGUGUCUUUGUCCCUGUGCUGUGGCCACGCCUCUGUCACGGAAACCCUACGCUGGGCGCCGUGAUUGGGAGGGGCGCAUGCGCUUUCGGCGCGCAUGUGACGUCACCCGUCUCCCUCCCACACACCCCGGGCAGUCCCCUUACUCUCUGUCAGUGUUCCGCUGCCUCAGUAACAUGGGCCAGGUGGGCUGACUCGGUUUACGGGCACCGGACGAGCGCUCUCGGUACACAAAAGCAAAAUGGCUGCUGCUUACCCGUCCAAACCGCUGCACUCGCCGCGUUCUGGGAACCUUCACAAUUCUACCCAAGACACGCACUCUGCCGGUUCGUACGCCGCCUACCCCAGAAGAAAACCUUUCAUCAACUCGGACGUGCAGCACCCCCCCGGCCGGCCGUCUGCAGCCUAUCCCGAGAGUAACAGCAGAGCUAUAUUCUCUGCGUUAAAAAAUCUUCAGGAGAAAAUUAGUAAAUUGGAGUUGGAGCGGAUACAGGCUGAGGACAACAUGAAACGUCUGUCCGAAGAAACCCACGAAUAUAAAACCCUCCUCGAGAAACAAAGCCGCUCCAGAGAUAGCGUCAAGGAUGGGUCCAAACAAAAUAAAGACCUGUCAAGACAGCUAUCGGCUGCUGAAUCUCGGUGCCAACUUUUGGAGAAACAGCUGGAGUACAUGAGAAAAAUGGUAGAGAACGCAGAAAGCGAGAGGUCCUCGGUCCUCAAACAGCAGGUGUCGCUGGAAGGGGAUCGAACCCUUGAAAAAACAAAUUUAGAAACAAAACUCGAAAAGUUAGAUAAGUUGGAACAAGAAUACUUGAAGCUCACCACCAUGCAAGUGCUGGCUGAGAGCAAAAUCCACGAACUGGAGCAGAAGCUUCGGGAAGAGGAGCAUCAGCGCAAACUGGUGCAAGAAAAAGCAGCAGAGCUACAGGUUGGUUUGGAGACCAACCGAAUAUUGAUUCGAUCCUUAACGCCACCAUCCAAACAAGGGAGAGUGAAGAAAAAAAAGACAACGCACCAUUUUUCUUUUCAGAAGCCGACCCAUUCAUCAAACGUACAACCUCACUACAGAUUAAGCCUUGCGGACGUACCCUUUGUUGCAGGAAAAUCUACAGGUGCCAGCCAUUCAGUAAGAGCCAAUGUCCAACAUGUCAUACAUCUGAUGAAGCAACACAGUAAGGCCCUUUGCAAUGAGCACGUGAUCAGCGACCAGCCUAUAGACGGGAGGGAAAUCGGCGUGAGGUGGGCAUCCGAUUCCGACGCGCCCCCUGGCUGUUAUCAGGAGCUUUCAGAGGUUUUGCUUACGCUGGAAGAUGAAUUUGGACAGAUGGGCUUUGAUCACCAAGAGCUGGUAAAACAAAUCCAAGAGGCGCGUUCCUAUCGACUGAAAGAAGACCUGGAGAGGGAACUGGAGGCCCUUGUGAGGAAGAUGGAAGCAAAAGCCGAUCAAAUAACCAAACUGGGAAAACUGGUGAGAGAAUCGAAGGCCAGAGAGGAAGCAACGAACGAAUCGCCAACAAAAGACCAAAAAUACUUCAAAACUAGACGGGAGACGAGCGCGACGCGAGAGAGUCCGAGAAAGGAGAAACCCGGAGAAAAAAGCAAAAAGAGCCUUCAGCUGUUACGGGACAUGCAGUCCCUACAGACUUCUCUCCGGAGAGACGACAUCCGAUGGGACUACUGAAUGUCGCCAAACUGUGAAAAAAUGGCUCAGGGAAAAUGAUUUAUUCCGUUUUCUUUUGCACUCUUUGACUUUUUUUGUAAUUAUAAUAUUCUUCUGCUUUGCACAGUUAGAGUGGACGGGGUACAUGGCCUUCCGUUCCCGGAAACCUUUCUGCCUUGACCCCAAGAACAAACUUCUCCUAAGCUUUAACCCUGGACAAGGCACGUGUGUUUUUUACUUGUAGACGUGUACAUGUCAAACCGAUAUUUAAUAUUAAAGGGAAUCCGUCAAUGGGCGGGGGUUUGUGCAGAGCGCAUCAUGUGAUCUAUACAAUGCGCUCAUGAAAUGAUUAACAAAACUCCAUUGUGAUCAAUUCUGAGCCCAUGUAGUAAGGUAUAGAUCAAACAUGGAGCUCCUUAAAGUCACAUGACACAUCAACCUUAAGUAAGCACCAAUCAAAGAACACUUGAACAGGACUAAUGCCUUUUUUAUUUUCAAACUACCUAUACAUUUUUUAACUAUUUAAAUGCUGAAAGGCGUGCGUUACUUUGUAUAUCUUGUAUGAAAAGCCUUGUGUCCAAUUUAUUUGUACUGUCAAAAUGUAAAGUUCUAAAUUUAUGGAAAUAUUAAACAUGGAGUUCUUUUUAUUAUAGGAGCGUGCUUUAUGCGGUUGUAGCUUUUAUUUGGUAUUGAGCUAAAAGAUUGUCUUUAAUAUAUUUUUUGUUGAAAUAAAAUAAAGAAGCCGUGCUUUACAGGGUGAGAUACUUAGUUGAAACCAACAUUGUUGAGGUGGGCUCAGUAAAUGUGUGUCAUUUGUAUCCACGUGGUAUUUGUGAAAAGUCUUGGGUGCCUUAAAGGGACGGUGUGAUGUUCCACGCAGCCCUAAUAACUAUUUUGUAGGAGCUGGGGCGACUCAACUGCAAUAUGGGGGAUUCCGCAGAAUCCUGAUAUCAAAUGGGGGACCAAACAAAUGUAAAGGGAGUGUAUGUGAUGGCUGACAUGUCCCUUUAAGACAUUUUGGGGAAUCACUAUUGUGUAAUGAGGAGUUCACUUGUAAGCAUACAACGUAUGAUUGCAUUCAUGGCUCCAGGCAGCUACUUUCUUUACGUCAGUGUCUUGAAAUCCGAGUAAAUGGCUACUGAUGUCUUAAUUUCACAUUUUCAUGCUUUUGUAAUAUACAGAAAUAAAAUUUACUAAAUUUUGUUUUCAGUGUA